AGUGAGCGCUGGCUGAUGGUUGGGCAAUAAAUAAAAUGCAUUCGCUUUCGCUUCAGACGAACCAGCAAUCGUUCGGAUAGUGUCGCGUACAUCAAUUGCGAUCUAGAUCCAAUCGAGGGCAGAAUUGUUGUGCGGUGUUGAUAAGUACUGAGAGUGAAAAUUAAAUUACGAUUUUUUUGAAAGUGAUUAUCAGUCAAAAUGCCUCCACUGCGUUGGGGAAUCGUUAGCGCUGGAACGAUUGCACAUGAUUUCGUGUGUGCUGUAUCAACAUUGCCGGAGUCCGAUCAUAAAGUGGUAGCCGUUGCAGCCAGAGGACUAGAGAAUGUUCAAAGGUUUGCCGAAUUGCACGGAAUAUCAGCGUUUCAUGUUGGUUUCGAAGCACUGGCCAAGGAUCCCAAAGUCGAUAUUGUCUAUAUUGGUGCUGUUAAUACAGUCCACUACGAGGUUGCUAUAAUGAUGCUCGACGCCGGUAAACAUGUCCUUUGUGAGAAGCCCCUUUGCGUAAAUGAAGGACAAGCGAAGGCUCUAUUGGACUACGCCCGUGAGAGAAAAUUGUUCUGCAUGGAAGGCAUGUGGUCUCGGUUCUUCCCGGCUUACAACCAUCUGCGUGAACGAAUUAAGAAGGCGGAUCUUGGUGACAUCAAGGAAGUGAAAAUGGAGUUGGGUUUUCCUAUAAGCAAGGUGGAGCGAAUUCGAAUGGGUCAUCUGGGUGGCGGUGCUGUGUUGGAUUUAGGCGUUUACAACAUCCAACUCGCUUUGUGGGUGUUCCAAGAGUUCCCAGAUGAGAUCGUGGCCGAAGGGGAGUUGAAUGAAGAAAAUGUCGAUAUCGAAAUGAACGUAAGACUUCGUUUUCCUUGUGGAGGAGUUGCCCAAAUGAGAACUAGUGGGGUCAAGCAGUUAUCCAAUCAAGCAGUCAUCACUGGAAAUGAAGGAAAGAUUAUGCUUUAUGACUUUUGGUGCCCUAUCGAGCUAACCGACGUCGAUGGAACAGUACGAUCCUACCCACUAGCAAGUUCGAAAAUUGAAUGCAUUCUCAAAAACACUGUUGGGUUACGUUACGAAGCAGAGGAGUGUAGAAAGCGCAUUAUGACUGGAGAACUUGAAUCGCAGAUUAUGACACACAAAGAUAGUCUAGAAGUGGCUCGAGUUUUGGAUAGCAUUCGCAAGCAAAUCGGGAUUGAAUACGCAGAAGAUUUUGUUUUCAAGUUGAAGCGAGACAGUUUAAAAUGAAAAGGGUUGUACAGAGUAUUAAUUUCCUAAGUAACACUGCACUGGAAGUAUAUUCAAACUAAAAGUCAAAUCGGAUUUGUUUUUGGUAUGUUUUCGAUACAUGUGUCAUGAGUUUUAGUGUUACCAAAAUCUACUAGAAUAUCUGUACCAGUUUUGGUCAUGUUGUUGAUUUGGCCAGUUUCUCGCAUAACUUAGAAAAUAAAGCAAUUUUCAAAGGGUUCCAUUAGCUAUAACAGAAGAUAUAUCCCUUAUCCUUCUUCGCUGUUGGAACUGAUGGAUAGCUUUUAUAAAAUAUGUAUGGGUUGGCCAAAUUAGACACUAAAAGUGGCCAAAACUGGUACACUUACCCUAGCGAAAUUCGCCAAAUGUUGAACUGCUAACAUUCUCGCCUAUUGCUGAUCGCAAAUGACGUUUAACAAUAUAGGUGAAAAUCAAGGCCAUUCAAUAUUUGGCUAUUCCCCUAAAUAAAAUGGAACAUAAUGCAGUUACUUGGGCAAAAGAGCGCGCGAGUUCGAAUCACCUUCUGAAAUUUUACAAAUACCUACCUCGAAUACUGUCUCCACAAUUUUCUGCAGCCAAAUUGAAACAAUCUAUGGCGAGGCUUGAAGGGUUCAUUUGGUGUCAUGGCCAUUUAAUGGUCCCUGUGUAUAUUGUUGUACCUGUUUAGAUAUGAAUAAAUAUAUUUGAAGAAAAAAACG